GUGUGCGACAAAUGCAGGAACCACGACAUCUGGGUGCGGAAGCGCGGCCACAAGGGCAACUGCCCCUACGAGAAGUGCAGCUGCCCGUACUGCUCAUUCACGGCGACGCGACAGAAAUUAAUGAAGCAUCAACAGCGUGUGCGACGGGCCCAGGUCACCAGUCAGCCAGGGAACAGUCCUCAGGAAUUUGUCUUAAGGCCAGCAGGACGUUCAGAUGCCACUACUGAUGAAAUGGAAUCCCCAGAUACACAGCCCGACAAUCCUGGAGAGUCAUCGCCUCAAGACGAGGAGGGAAAGGAUAUUGCAUCAGAAUCCUUCCCCAAGGUUACUUCCCCGCCCCCCCCGCCUCUCGAACCUGCUUCUUCACCCACUCCCAUCGCCGAACCAGCUCACACGCAAUGUUGGUUGGAACGGUACAAAGAGAGUCCUGCACAACCUUCCAUCCCACGAGAAGUCCCGGAGACACGUCCGUCUGCCUUCCAGCCUCCUGGGUAUGAACCCUCACCCCUCUACACUCCAGCACCCACAGCCCACACUACCGUCAACCCUCGCGUAAAGCCCGACCGCAGUUUCGACCUGAAUAGAUCCUACGAAACCACCGAUACUCUCAAGACUUUCGCGACGCCACCUCAAAACUCGGCUCUGCGGUGCCCCUUGCCAGCUCAGGACUUCCCCGUCUCCGUCAUGCCUUCCAUGAAGCCAAAGUUCGGCGUUGAACCUGACGACUUUCAGCUGCGUAACUGGGCUGGGCCCAUCGAUAAUCAGCUGGCCAAGACACAGUUGGGCAUCCCGCCCCCAUGUGUGUCUCUGCCCUUACCUCAGCCACCUCCUCCGCUCAGUCCCUCGGCCUCCAUUAGACCCCAGACGCCCAUCCGACCCCAGCCGCCCAUCCGACCUCAGCCCAUUCCAGCCCCGAGGCUUUCCCAUGUCCAUCCGCAUAUGGGCUGGAGUUCUGUGAGUCUACCUUACAUUGCUUCAGCUCUCCUCCAGACCCACCAAGGGAGCGCCCCCGGCCUCCACCUCGCCCGCCCUGCUCACUUAAGCGCUCCCGCCUCAUCGCUGGCGGCGUGGUGGUGCCCCCCUCGUCUGUGUGACCACCGGGAAGCCAUGAUGAACGGCGGGGGUGGUGUCGCACCCUCCUCCAUCUAAGUGAUAGCUCCAGAGUUGUGAAGACAAAGUGAAAAUGGCAUGGCGCUGCAGAUCUUUGAACUUGAACCAUUAAAAAAAUUAAUCUGUAGUAAUAAGCCAAGGCAAACUUUUUCUCAUUUUUAUUUCAUCAUCAUUUCAUGUACGUUGUGUGACCAUGAAACGGAUCUGGUUCUCGAUGUAGAGGGCCCGGCCAGCAACAGCCACGGAGCACCAGGUUUAUUUCAUGAUGACACCGAACUAUGCUGAUAUGCUUUUAUCCCUUCCGAAAUGCAUAGAAAAGGUAGCGAAGAUAAUAUUAACGACAGAGAUGAUAAUGCAAAGAAAAGUGGCAAUGACUGGCAAAUUAAUGACACUCAGAAUCAACUAAAUUGGUGGUAACGUUGAUUAUAGAGAAAAAAAUAUGCAAGAGAAAUUUGCAACACCUAUAAAAUCGCAAUAUUAGAAUAAUGAGUGGAAGGGAAUCCAAUUUUCGUAACAACGAUGAAGAAUAAUAACUGUUACGAUAUUGAUAAUAAGUAUAAUGAUACUACCAAAUCUAGCCCCCCUGACAGUGCCAAAGAUGGAACAUUAGAGGACUGAGUCAGCUGACCUUGCUCAGCGACGUCAUUGCACGACCGCGAUGACGAUGCCAUGUACCUGUAAGAGCCGCCGUGUCUGACCAGAAUGCACUCUGUAACAUGUUUUCGAUCUGGAUGAAUGGUUGCCAUUGUGCCAUAGAAUAAAUGACGCGUAUGUUGCUGUCAAGCCAAAGCUCCGGGAUGAAAGGAAAAUGUGACUGAGAAUGCUUUGAGGCUACGUCGUUCAUGUGAUAUUAUAUAAUGCCUGUGAUAUCCUGAUGUUGUUGUGAUUAUAAAAUCCACGUUCAUGUGGCAGACAGACUGUGCUUUUUUAUGAGAACGAGAUUAUCACACUAGAUCGUUGUGAUUCGGAUGUAAACUUCAUCUUGCAGCUUCACCUUGAACUGGAGAUACUGUGGCAUACAGAUGGUUUGUCUUCCCACGCCGCAGUUAUAAAGCUUCAUCCGAGAUUGUAGAAAAUAAUUAAACAUAAAAGAACUAAGCCGAACGAGUGUGUGUUAGAAACGUUUGAGGUUAAUUAAUCAGAGUGAUGUAAUAAUGUAACAUGUGUUUAAUAUUCAGCAGUACGAUGCAAUAAGAAAUAAUAAUGAUUUGAAAUGUUUCACAUAAUGGAAUAAUAUACCAUUUCAACCACACUGAUUUGAAUUCUGCAUCAAUAAAUGCUUCUUUAUGACGCACACGAAGCUCUGGUAUGAAUCUAAAUUGAUGCUUAUUUUUAAGCAAUCUCCUUUCAGACAAGUAUCGAAAAAAGUAAUCUGUGAGUCUUCCAACCAGUCAGAAAGAACCAGUCAUAAAUGUUUCAGAUAGGGCUCCAAAGGUUCAAAAAUGCAGACGCCAUAUUGUACCUAACCUAAAUACAUCUAUAAAUUAUAAAAAAUUACUAAUUUUAUAUAAUGAUUACUUACGAUAUUUUAACAGGAUGUAUCUGGAAUAACGAGAAUCUCAAAUCAUAACGGCCAUAAGUUUUGUGAACGUUUCCAUUUCAUGAUCUCAUUUCAGUUCGAAACGAGAACUUCAGUAAAGCAGCAGCAGUUAACGAACAAGACUGAUCGUGACCCCACGGCCGAAAGAUUUCAUGUUCUUGGGCAUUGCGUCACGUGGAAGUUUUGUGACAUUAUUUUACUCGCUCUGUUUUACCGGAAGUCCAUUGCACUCACAUGAGCUACAGAUCCCUUCCUUCCAGAGAAUGUAUCAAAAUGUAAUUCAGAAUCUUUCGUGGUUUGCUUGUUUGCAUCGGCAGUCGCAUAACCUCAUAUGACAAUACCCCGGGGACAGGAAUCCAUUUCUUCAGGGAAUUCAGAUUAGAAUUAGUCAUUUAGGAUCAUUAACUCGUGAAAAAAUAUAUUAAAAAUGAAGGGCUCGCCUUGUUAUGCUGUUAAUGGCCAUAGCCUUAGUUGUGAGAGCAAAGAGAAGGACGGAUUUCAAAUAGAUUUCUAAGACCUAAAACGGAGAAGGAAGUAGUUAUGGUUUGUAAGGCCUGUUAUUGCAAUUAUACUAAUGAUUUGCUUUACGGACAAAAGAAAAUCAUUUGUGAGUUGUGCCAGGGAAGGGACGAGUAAAUUAUUACAUUACCUGUUUCCAGGUCUGAUAUUUUAUAUUUGAAGUCAUAAUAAAGAUGAUAAUGCAGACAUAAAUCUUUCAAAAAAAUGCUACUGCCCACAACUUCAACGAGUUCAUGGGAAAAGGGAUGUUUGAUUAAUCAGCACUGCAUUUUUGCUGCGUACUAUAUCAAAGUCUCAUAUUUCAUUUAUUCAGAAAACUGGGUAAAAAAGGAAAUCCCUUAUUUUUAAUCACAGUCCAUGCAUUAUUACAUAUUUUUAUAUAGCUUAAGGCAUGCAUAUUAUCACUGGGUUAGACUGGUGAAAGAGUUGUUUUUUUAUAUCUUCCAAGUAUAAUUAUAUAUUCAGAAACUCUGCAUGUCGGAAACGCACAGGUUUGUGAUUAUCACCAAUAGGUAUUCUUGUAGCUUGAGCAGACUUUUCUCACACAGUGCAGAUGCUGCCUGAACCACCGGGAUAUGUGACGUCAUCUCUUGGAGGAGCUGUUUGUGAGAAAGGCGCGGCGGUGGGGUGACUGUUUUCGUUGUACCUCAAUAUUAUUGCAACCCUUAAUCAUAUGUGAGGUUCCACAAAAUAGUCAUACGAAUUAGUCGAAGCGACGCUAUGCAUCAUCACGUGAACUGAAUAGUGCUCUAAAAGUCAUCCAAUCUUUAGAAUAAGAUUGCAAGGAAAACGAGCAGUUGUCAUAAACGCAAUCACCUCUGUAGCAGAGGUUCCCAGCCGGUGGGUCGUCAUCCCAAACAGAGGGUUAGUUGGAGGUCGCAUAGGCCAAUAUGCAAAGCGUUCGUCCAAGUUCGUAUUAAGCAUAUAUUAACAAUCCAUGUCUCCACCGAAUAUUGCAUUACAGUUAGAUCAAUAAAGCUUGUAUGCAUUGCUGAAUAUUGUUGUUUUUUAUCUUAGGCUAAAGAUAUGUAUUUAGACAUUAUAAUAUAAUGGCUGAUGUCGCAAGUCGCGGAAUGUCGGUUUGAGAAGGGGGUCGCGAAUGUUGAAGUAUUGGGAACCACUUUGUUCGAGCAUGAAUUAUGAAUAUCAGCUGACAGUUGCGACUUUACCAAUAGGAUCUUCAUUGACAGUUCUCAUUUUGUAAAUGAAAUACCCGAAACGAAUAAUGAAUUCAUAAUCAUAAAGUGUGUGAUCGACAGUUGUUCUUUGCUAUCAUAAUGUCUUGAAUUUCGUAAUUUUCACUAUAAUUACAUUCCAAGUUAACUAAAAGAGAAAUGGCUAGCUGUGGAAUAGCAAAUUUUGCUAAAUUUUUCGCUAACCCCAAGACUGAAGGCGUAUAGCCUGGAAUUGACGGUGCAAUUUUUGUCUUGACAAAUGCAGUUACAUUUGCAUUUAUCAUAUCAUAAAUUAUAGAUACUGUUGAAUCAUUUGGGAAAUUUUGGGAAAAUGCAAUAACAGUUCUCAGAUAUAUGAACAUAACGGCUAGAUUGCUAUUGUUUACUUUGCUUGGUUUGAAAAUAUGUG